AACACUAACGCACGCGAUUCGCAGCCUUAUCCUGCUUUUGCCCCGUGUUUUCGCCCCGCCAGCCGCCCCCCGCGCGCGACGCGACGAGGCCGCCGCUCAGCAGCAGCAGUCAGCCAGUCAGUUCAGGCUCAGGGCCGGUCGUGCCGUGCGUUGCGCUCGAGCGAAGCGGCGGCGAAAAUGGCAGGCGCCAACUUCCUCUCCACCGUGCGGCAUCCUCCCGCGCCGCUGCUCGCCUCCGCACGCGGCUCCGCCUCCGCCUCCGCCGUCUCCUCUCCCGCGCGACGGCACGCGCACAAUCAGGUGUGCUGCCACGCUGCUGCGCAGGACGAGCCUCUGCAAUUUCGUAGAAGGGAUUUAAUCGGCGGUUGCUUAACUACUGCCAUUGGCUUGGAAAUAAUCGAGGGCUCUACAGGAUUCACAGGAGUGGCUACAGCAGCUGAUCUGAUUGAGCGUCGACAACGCUCUGAAUUCCAAUCAAGCAUCAAAACCACCCUGGCCACAGCCAUAACGGCUAAGAAAGAGCUCAUUCCGUCUUUGUUGACCUUGGCACUGAAUGAUGCUAUGACAUAUGACAAGGCCACAAAAUCAGGAGGUCCAAAUGGAUCGAUCAGCCUAAGUGCAGAAAUAAGCAGACCUGAAAACCGUGGACUUUCUGCUGCUUUGGAUUUGAUAGUUGAUGCAAAAAAGGAGAUAGAUUCCUACUCCAAAGGAGGACCCAUUUCAUUUUCAGAUCUGAUCCAAUUUGCAGCACAAUCUGCACUGAAGCUAACAUUCCUCGAUGCGGCCAUUGCCAAAUGUGGCGGGAAUGAAGACAAAGGAAGAACACUAUACUCAGCCUACGGUUCAAAUGGCCAGUGGGGUCUUUUUGACAAGCUAUUUGGUCGGCAAGAUGCACAAGAACCUGAUCCUGAAGGAAGAGUACCUGACUGGAGCAAAGCUUCUGUACAGGAAAUGAAGGAUAAGUUCGUAGCUAUUGGUUUGGGUCCUCGCCAGCUUGCUGUGAUGUCGGUCUUCCUGGGGCCUGACCAAGCUGCCACAGAGGAACGGUUGAUCGCUGAUAAAGAUUGCCGUCCAUGGGUCGAGAAGUAUCAACGCAGUCGCGAUACUGUCUCUAGAACUGACUACGAGGUUGACCUGAUAACCACGCUCACAAAGCUGAGCUCCCUUGGGCAGAAGAUAAACUACGAGGCCUACACGUAUCCUAAGCAAAAGAUUGACCUAGGUAAAUUGAAACUGUGAAGAUUGUUACCUCGGUCAGUUGCGCUAAUCAAUAAUGAAGAGCUUCAUCUGGUAUUCUGGUUCUGUGUGGCCAUUUGGUUGCCUAAAGAGUGCUUUGAUUUGGCGGGGACGCCAUGUUCCUACAGUUUUACAUGGCAAUAAAGUAUGUCAUGUAUAGAUGGUUCA